AUGUUGGCGUGUAUAGCAAAUAAAGAGUUCCACGGAAUCUCUGCAGAGGAGUCGGCUGACAAAUUCGUCACUCUCCUCGAACAGAAUGGCAUCAAAUGUAUCGCGUCGGACUUCGAUGCCACUAUGAUUUCGAACCACUCCGGUGGAUACUGUGAUCCGAACGUAGAUGUAGAUGUACUUUCCUCAGUCACAGAGCAUUUCAAGGCAGUAGGCAGGCGCCUUAAGCGGAGUCCAAUUAAGCUAGUAAUCGUUACCUUCUCCGACGACACACACGUCAAGGACCACCCAGUGUACAUUAGCGGCGCUCGAAUGGUGAACAAGGCGCUGGAAUACAGCGAUUGCGAUGCCCGUAUCGAAAAGGUUUACGACUUCUACCCUAGGUACUGGGAAGACCCGUCGCGAUACAAGCUGCUGGGCCUCAACGCGCCUAUGCCGAGGUGCAAGGAGUACCAUCUCAAUCGGGUAUGCUUGGUUCGAUCUUUGGCUCAUAGGCUCCGCAGAUUUGCGAGGACUUUGGCAUCAAAAUGA